ACACAAGUAUAUCUUACUACAACUACUAGUUAAUUGACUUAACUAUAGCAUAUCUACUGUUCUUUCAAAUCAAAAUCAUAUUUUCAUAAUGGGUGUUAACGCUUACAAGUUUGCUGUCUCUGAUAUCACUGCUGCUGUUGGUGGUGCUGCUAGUGCUACUAGUGCUGUCGGCGGUGCUUUGGGUACUGCUAGUUCUGCCAUUGGUGGUGCUGGUAGUACUGCUAGCUCUGCUGCUAGCGGUGCCGGUCACACUGGUUCCUCUGGUGCUGGUUCUGGUUUGGGUUCAUUGACCUCUUCCCUUGCUGCUAGUGCUACUUCUGGUGCCCUGGCUGCUCGUUCUGGUGCUUCUUCCAUCACUUCCGGUGCUGGUGGUUCAUCCUCAUCUGCAGCUGCCUCUUCUGGUUCCUCUUCUUCCACUUCCUCCAAGGCUGGUGCCGCUGGUGGAUACGAAGCUGGUUCUUGGAAGAAGUCUGUUGCUGUUGCCGGUCUUAUUGGUUUCAGCUUUGUUGCUCAACUUUUCUAAAUGAUCUAAAAUGAAAUAAAAAGAACCUAUCUUCUGAGUAUUUUUAUCUAUUUUUUUUUUGAUUGAAGUACUGUGUACAAUAUAUAUAUAUGAAUAAAAUUUUGUUAACGAUAAAAUAAAA